AUGUCGAUAUCCAUAAGCUUCGGCUCCUUCGGCGACAUAGUCUCGCUCAUCCAGCUCGCGGCGUCAGUGAUCAGCCGGCUCGCAAGCAGCGCGGGCAACUCCGAGCGAUACAGCGAGCUCCUGCUGGAACUACACACCCUAUCCGGGGCGCUCGCGUCUCUCCAGAACAAACUUCAUACUCCCCGUGCACCAUCUUGCAUGCCCAGUGAGCUCCGGCGGGACAUCGAGGCGCGCAUAGCGGCUUGCCGGGCGUCGCUCGAGAAGAUGGAGAGGAAUAUCGUAUGGCAGCAGCAGCGCUUGAGAGGGCGGUACCCGAAAGAUUGGAGGGAUCUUUGGCUCAGAGCCGGAUGGCGCUUGUUCGCAGAGAAAGAAUUGCAGAGGUAUAGGGAGGACGCACGCAGUCAUAGAGAUUCUGUCAAAUUCGCGCUUUCCAUGCUCAAUCGGUGGGUUUCUUUUGGCUUCUCGACGACGAGGAGAGCGUGGAGACACGCACCACAUCGUCGUGACAGCGCGUUCAACACUCGACAACAUAUCUCAGAUGUUGGAUAA